UCAGUGGACAAGCUGCAAUCUACGUGAACUCAGCAGUCAUUACGCGCACCAUGAAGGUCUUGGCUUGCAUCGUGUUGGCUGUCGCCUCCUGCACCUUCGCCGAAGAAGCAGAGAAGAAAACCGAGAAGCGAGGGGUUGUUGGCCUCGGCUACGGCGGAUAUGGCGGAUACGGUGGAUAUGGCGGAUACGGUGGAUAUGGCGGAUAUGGCCACGGCCUUGGAUACGCCGCCGCCGCCCCCGCUGUGGCAGCGGUAGCAGCUCCCGCCCCCGUGUCUCAUGUAUCUCAAGUCAGCUACUCCACUGCGCACUACGGCGGGUAUGCUGCUCCCGCUGUGGCUAAGAUCGGUUAUGCCGCCCCAGCCGUGGCUAAGAUCGGUUAUGCCGCCCCCGCUCUGGGUCUCGGACACGGACUCGGCUACGCCGCUGCCGCCCCAGCCGUCGUCGCAGCUCCUGCUGUGGCUAAGAUAGGAUACGCCGCCCCAGCUGUGGUUGCCGCUCCCGCUGUGGCUAAGAUCGGUUAUGCCGCCCCUGCAAUCGGCUACGGACAUGGUCUGGGUAUUGCUGCCCCCGCUUAUGCUGCUACAUAUGCCGCCCCCGCUGUGGCUAAAAUCGGUUAUGCUGCCCCAGCUAUCGGCUAUGGACAUGGCCUGGGUUACGCUGGUUAUGGUGGUUAUGGAUACCAUUAAGGUCACACCAGUUCAUGUCUGCGAUGUUAGGUGUGGCCGAGGGACGCUAUCAUGAACUUGCCAACACAAUUACACUCUGCAAACAAUGUCUAAGUUCUUCUUCUACUAAGCCUGGUUCAUUAAAGCAGAAAACUUCUAGGAACCAGUUUGUGAACAAAAACAUUUCUUUGACACAAAAUAACUAAUUUUCGGCUUAAUUUCAUUUCCUCUCCCUUUUUUAUUCCGAUUUUCUCAUCUCCAACAUCUUCAUCAUGUAUCUGUUAUACAUCUUCAUAAAUCUUUGAAUAUUCCCCAAUAUUAUAUUCACAUACACAAAUUUUAAUGUGCAAUAUUACAUUAUUUAUUCAGUGCCAAGAAUGUUACAUAUUCAUACGUUAUCAUUCAUCACCAUGAUCAUCAGCUUCUCUGUAUCAUCGCAAUUCCAUACUCUGAGACCUAAGAAA